GCGCUUCAUGCCACUUUGGACGGGAUCUUUGCCUGCUUUAUCCUCUACUUAGCCGUUGCUACUACGACUGACCGACUACUCUUGCAAGGGAGGAGCAGCCGAGAGGAAGCUUGCUUGGAUAGCUAGGAAGAGCAGUUCGGAUUUCGAGCACGCCUCUUCUCUCAUCAGGCAUACAUCAGUCAGUGGCUGGGUUCUCCUUCUUGCUUUGCUUCGCUUCGCCACCUUGCUGCUGAUCGCUGCUGUGGUAACAUUAUAAGGCGCCGUGCAGGCAGCGUGCAGGGGGCCGCCCGCUCCGGUCCUGCCAGCGACCGCCUUGUCGGGUAACCAACUCGUCGCCAGCCGCUCACAUGCUGGAGGUCCUGGAGAUGACGCCGCCUCCGCCGCCGCCGCCGCAGCCGCGCCGCCACCAGCCCAGGGGAGGAGGGAGGAAGCAGCCGCUGCAGAGCAGCGUCGCGCAGCCCAAGGCGGAGGCCCCACAGCAACCGCCGCCCGACGGAGGCAAGAGGUGCGCCGGGAAGCGGCGCGGCGGGCGCGGGCGCGCCAGGCCCGCGGAGGGGCCGCGGCCGGCGCCAGGGCCUGCGGUCGAGCCGGCCACGCGCGCCGUCAUUGGGCCGCCCGUGCCCAGCAAGGGGCUGUCCUUCUGCCGGCGGCCCGGGUUCGGGACCGUGGGCGCGCGCUGCGUCGUCAAGGCCAACCACUUCCUCGCCGAGAUUCCCGACAAGGACCUCACCCAGUACGACGUCAAGAUCACGCCGGAGGUGACCUCCCGGUGCGUGAACCGGGCCAUCAUCGCCGAGCUGGUGCGCCUCUACCGGGAGUCCGACCUCGGAAUGCGCCUCCCGGCCUACGACGGCCGCAAGAGCCUCUACACCGCGGGCGCCCUCCCGUUCGACGCGCGCGAGUUCGUCGUGCGCCUCACGGACGAGGACAGCGGCACCGGCGUCCCCCCACGCGAGAGGGAGUACAGGGUCGUCAUCAAGUUCGCCGCGCGCGCCGACCUCCACCACCUCCGGCAGUUCAUCGCCGGCCGGCAGGCCGACGCGCCGCAGGAGGCCGUCCAGGUCCUCGACAUCGUCCUCCGGGAGCUCGCCAGCCAGAGGUACGUGGCGAUAGGGCGGUCGUUCUACUCGCCGGACAUAAGGAGGCCGCAGCGGCUCGGCGACGGCCUGCAGUCGUGGUGCGGGUUCUACCAGAGCCUCCGGCCGACACAGAUGGGGCUGUCGCUCAACAUCGAUAUGUCGUCCACCGCGUUCAUCGAGGCGCUGCCGGUGAUCGACUUCGUGGCCCAGAUACUGGGGAAGGAUGUCAUGUCAAGGCCAUUGUCCGAUGCAAACAGAAUUAAGAUCAAGAAAGCGUUGCGGGGCGUCAAAGUCGAAGUUACUCACCGGGAAAAUGUAAGGCGGAAGUACCGCAUUUCGGGGGUGACAGCACAACCAACUCAUGAACUCAUUUUCCCAAUUGACGAUCAAAUGAAUAUGAAGUCUGUCGUAGAGUAUUUCAAGGAAAUGUACGGGUUUACCAUUCAGCAAUCACAUCUUCCUUGUCUUAUGGUUGGAAACCAAAAGAAGGCAAACUAUCUACCAAUGGAGGCCUGCAAGAUUGUUGAGGGUCAGAGAUACACAAAGAGGUUGAAUGAAAAGCAGAUCACAUCACUGCUAAAGGUUACAUGCCAAAGGCCUAGAGAAAAGGAAAUGGAUAUUCUACAGACAGUUCAUCAAAAUGGAUAUGACCAAGAUCCUUACGCAAAGGAAUUUGGGAUCAACAUAAGUGAGAAGCUAACAUCCGUUGAAGCGCGCGUCCUUCCUGCACCUUGGCUGAAAUAUCAUGAUGCUGGAAAGGAAAAGGAGUGCCUGCCACAGGUUGGUCAAUGGAACAUGGUGAACAAGAAAGUGAUCAAUGGGGGCAAGGUAAGCCACUGGGCUUGUAUAAACUUCUCAAGGAGUGUUCAAGAAACAACUGCACGCGGAUUCUGCCAAGAGUUGGCACAAAUGUGUCAAAUUUCGGGCAUGGAAUUCAACAGUGAACCUGUGCUUCCAAUAUAUUCAGCUAGACCAGAUCAAGUAGCGAAGGCACUAAAGCAUGUGUAUAAUGUAGCACUACACAAACUCAAGGGUAAAGAACUUGAGCUUCUUUUGGCCAUCCUACCAGACAAUAAUGGAGCUUUAUAUGGUGACAUCAAACGUAUCUGUGAAACCGAUUUGGGCUUGAUAUCUCAAUGUUGCUUAACGAAACAUGUUUUUAAGAUCAGCAAGCAGUAUUUGGCAAAUGUCUCGCUUAAAAUCAAUGUUAAGAUGGGAGGAAGGAACACCGUGCUCGUGGAUGCGCUAAGUUGGAGGAUUCCGUUGGUCAGUGACAUACCAACUAUUAUAUUUGGCGCAGAUGUAACACAUCCUGAAACCGGGGAGGACUCUAGUCCAUCCAUUGCUGCAGUUGUGGCUUCUCAAGAUUGGCCGGAAGUUACAAAAUAUGCUGGAUUGGUGUGUGCACAGGCACACCGACAAGAGCUCAUUCAGGACCUUUACAAAACAUGGCAUGACCCUCAGAGAGGCACAGUAACAGGAGGCAUGGUCAGGGAACUCUUAAUAUCCUUCAGGAAGGCCACGGGACAGAAACCACAGAGGAUAAUUUUCUAUCGGGAUGGCGUUAGUGAAGGCCAAUUCUACCAAGUUCUCCUUUAUGAGUUGGAUGCUAUCCGUAAGGCUUGUGCGUCCCUAGAACCAAAUUACCAACCUCCUGUAACGUUUGUGGUGGUUCAAAAGCGUCACCAUACAAGACUGUUUGCAAACAAUCACAAAGACAGAAGUAGUAUGGACAAAAGUGGAAAUAUUUUGCCUGGAACUGUUGUUGAUUCGAAGAUAUGCCACCCAACGGAGUUUGAUUUCUACCUCUGUAGUCACGCUGGAAUCCAGGGAACAAGUAGGCCAGCUCACUACCAUGUCCUCUGGGAUGAGAACAACUUCUCAGCAGACGAAAUGCAGACGUUGACAAACAACCUUUGCUACACUUACGCACGCUGCACGCGCUCUGUUUCCGUCGUCCCACCUGCAUAUUACGCGCAUCUGGCUGCGUUCCGGGCGCGGUUCUACAUGGAGCCGGAGCUGUCGGAGAACCACACGUCGAAGAGUUCCAGUGGCACGAAUGGUACCUCCGUGAAGCCUUUGCCCGCUGUGAAAGAGAAGGUGAAGAGGGUGAUGUUCUACUGUUGACAAAGGGACUAGUUUUAACUACUCACAGUUAUGUGCCUAACACUGUAGAAUUUAGCAGUAGAUGUUAGGUUAGCUUUCUCCCGGAAAGGAAAAGAAGAGAAGAUCAUUUCUGCAUUUUGGACCCUGAACAAUCUCUCGACUACCUCUGUAAAGUACUCUGAAAGCAUGUAUAAUAGUAGUUCUUGCUUGGGUCA